UUUAUUUUGACAGUCUGUUUUUCAGUAUCCACUGUGAAUUCUCUGUCGUCUGUUCAUCGGGCUGUGUACUUCGUUCCGGAGAUUUUCGUUGAUUCCAUUGAAAAGACAGUGCACCUUCCACACGUGCUUCACCCGCGCCGGCGGAAAAUGGUUGCUGCACCGGUAUCUGCGUUUGAAAUGUAUCAAAAUCAAAAGAAAAAAUCCAAAAAUAGGUCGUCCAAGAAAAAAGACAAAAACAAGCAGGCUGUUAAAAUAACACCCAUGGUCUCAGCAGAGCUUCUUAAAGCUGUUUCUGGAAAAUCAAAGAGGGAUGAGGCAGAUGCUGAGCAGCCUUCGAACGCUUUGUCAAAUAAUGAGGAAUUGCAAUUCAAUAUUGUUGAAGGUUCAAAUCAUAAGAAGAAGAUGGGUCAGGACAAGCAGGUAGAUGCAGAAAUAACUAGCCCUAAGAAGAAAAAUAAGAAGAAGAAGAAGGUUCAAACUGAAAAUUUGGUGGGUACUGAUGACAAGGUCAGCGAAGAACUGACUCCCGAACCAAAUAUUUCUCAUAAUUUAAAUUCGAAGAAAAUAAAAUCCAAACCGAAGAGUGUCUCGUCUCCAUCUGAAUCUAUUUCUCUAUCCAAGGCUGACAGUAGCAUUGAAUCAGCUGAAAAGUUUUUCUCUUGGAUGAUUGAUCCUAUUGCAAAAGAUGAUUUUUUCAGCCUAUAUUGGGAGAAGAGGCCAGUACACAUAAGUCGAGAAGCUAAUCGGGACUAUUAUACUAAUAUUUUAUCCACCAAAGCUAUUGACGAGAUGUUCAGGAAACACAAUAUUCUCUUUGGUAAAAAUAUUGACGUCACAUCAUACAGCAAUGGAAAGCGAGAAACUUUAAAUUCUAUUGGUCGUGCCCAUGCAGCUGUUGUCUGGGACUAUUAUCGCAAUGGGUGUAGUGUAAGACUCCUCAAUCCUCAGACAUAUCACACUCAGUUAAGAGAAUUAAAUACCAGACUUCAGGAAGUAUUUGGUUCAUUUGUUGGAGCUAAUGCGUAUCUCACGCCUCCAAAUUCUCAGGGAUUUGCCCCGCAUUAUGAUGAUAUUGAAGCAUUUGUUUUGCAAAUUGAAGGCAGCAAAAUGUGGAGAGUUUAUGCCCCAAGGGAUUCAAGUGAGAAACUACCCCGAACUUCUAGUCCCAAUUUCACUCAAGAAGAAAUUGGGGAACCUAUUUUGGAAGUCCUAGUUAAAGCUGGAGACCUACUCUACUUUCCUCGUGGUUUUAUUCAUCAGGCCAGCACUGUUCCUGGAGAACACUCUCUCCAUGUGACAGUGUCAACUUACCAAAGGAACUCUUGGGCAGAUUUACUAGAGAAGCUAGUCCCUGCCGCUUUAGCUAAUGCCAUUGAGGAAGAUGAAGAAUUUCGCAAAGGAGUGCCCCUUGAUGUGAUGAGCCAUAUAGGUGCUGUGCACUCUGAUUCAGAGACUCCAGGCCGAGAAGCUGUUAUGAAGAAGUUAAAAAAGCUGUUCUCAAAGCUCUUUGAAUACGCACCUGUUGAUGCUGCUGCUGACCAAAUGGCUAAGGAAUACAUUCAUGAUGCCCUUCCUCCCUGUUUGUCAUCUGAUGAGAAGAAGUGUUCAGUGCUUGAGAACAGCGAGAGAAUGGGUUCAAAUGGAAAAUUACAAGGAGCAGUUGUUUUGACUCCAGACACAUGCAUACGUCUGACUCGCUCUAAUGUAUUAAGAUUGGUGUCUGAAGAGGAACCAGACACCUUAAAAAUUUAUCACUCAAUGGAAAAUUCUCUUGAAUAUCAUGGGGAGGAGCUCCAAUUCAUUGAAAUUCCCCUGAACUUUGCUCCAGCUGUUGAGCAUUUAAUUCAUUCAUAUCCUAGCUUUACUGCUAUCUCUGAUCUUCCCCUUGAUCAAGAUUCAGACAAGGUACAAAUCACAACUGAGCUAUGGGAAAGAGGUCUUGUCCUUACUGAGAAACCGUUGUCCUCUCUGGAGUAAAUAACUUGUGUGAGUAUGUCUUUCGCUAGUGCCAUCUUUAAUUAGUAAGGUGCUCCUAGUAUUGCCUCUUUUGAAACCAUUGAAAGAACCUCUUGGAUGAUAACUUCCUGAAAAUUCAGUUGACUGACUCAAGGUUUCAAAUACUUGUAAGAUUAUGUUAGUACACCAGUAUGGUGUAAUGUGGACUGUGAUCACUAGCUGAUGUGCUUGGAGCAGCUUUCUUUCCUGUCAACUUUUUGUUGUCAUUUAUUUGAAGUUUUAUUCUGUAUGGAAUUUCUGAAUAGAAAGUUAAGGAAGAAAUCCAACUCUCACUUA